AUGCACACAAUGAAUAGCUCAUCAACAUCAACAGUAGGUUUGGUUAAUAAUUCUCACUUUCGUCCAAACACUGUUACAGUUUGCACAGAGUCUGAAAAUUAUCCACAUACACCAAAAACAUCACAACAAACUAAUGAACAGACAUCAUCAAUAUCACCGAAAUCUCUGGACUUGGAGGGCUCUGUCGAUGAGGAUUGUUCUUGUAUAGAGACUAGUAAAUUAAAUCGCAGCUGCCCUGAAAUAAGCCCCAAAAACAGGGAGGAGUUGGGAGAACUAAGAGCUAAAAUCACUUACUUAGAAAAGAAGUUGGAAAGUGCGGAAAAAGAAAUAGACAGACACAAAGAAAACAGUUCUUUAAGGAAACAAAUCAUAGCAUAUGAAAAGAAAACUGUUACAUUGGCUAAUUUAUGUCGCUCAACUCCAAAGAUAGAUAAAAACAAAAAGAAACAAAAAAAGGGAAACAAAACAAAAUUAGAUUACACACUUUUGAACCAGGUCGAAUGUGGGCAAAGUUUUCAAACAACACAAAUAAACAAAGAAAAAACUGUAUUGAAUAAUUAA